UUGUCUUCCUCGCCGCUCGGGCCUCCCCCAGCUUCCCCCCUCAACCUCGGGCCAAAGGUUCUAGAACCUUCUAGACGCCUCGCUCGCACCCCGCCACGCCCCUCCCGAUGGCGCGCCUCCAUCUCCUCCUCUCCCGCGCCCUCGCAUCGCACCACCUUCUCCCUUGUACGACCGCCUCCGGCCUCCGCCCCACUCCGCGGCGGCCUCUCCCUCCCCACUCUCCGCCGCCUUUUUCUCCUCCACAUGGUCAUACCCUGCCCCCCUUCGCCGCCGCCGCGUCGCGGCAAUACGCCGCCUCGAGCUUCAGGAUAAGGCGCCCGUCGGCGCCGCCGAUGUUACUGAGGCGGAGGAAGGCGAGGAGGCCGACGCGGAAGGCCCCCGGCGAGCUCAUUGUGCAAAUUGGCAUCGAGGAGGACAUCCCCGACGAUCCUGAAAUCUUGAGCAUUGCGGAAACACUCCGAACUGAUGUUGGGAAGGUGGUGAAGGUGGCCUUUGACAACCUUGAAGGCUCUGAGUACAAGACCAGAGAUCCUUCUAUAAGCAACUUGAACAAGUACAAUACCGUCGAGCUUUCUCUGCUGCUUUGUGAUGAUAAUUUCAUCAGGGAGCUGAACAAAGAAUGGAGGGAUGAGGAUCACGCUACGGAUGUUCUGUCAAUGUCACAGCAUAUCCCGGGGCUUGAUAUCCCCAUUCUGCAGUUGGGUGACAUAGUAAUUUCUGUUGAUACAGCACAGCGGCAAGCAGAAGAAAGAGGCCACACACUUCUUGAUGAGAUCAGAAUCCUUGUGGUUGUUUGUUUUUUCUCUCUCUUUUUUUUGAGGAGGGUGCAUGGAUUGUUGCAUUUAUUGGGGUUUGAUCAUGAACUCAGCGAAGUAGCUGAAGAAGAGAUGGAGAAGGAAGAAGAACAUAUAUUAAAUACUCUUGAGUGGAGAGGAAAGGGAUUAAUUAAGAGUGCAUAUGACAUUGCUAGUGAUAUGGCACAUUUACAAAGUUCUGCUGAGGCCAAUAACAAUAUAGAGAAAGUGAGCCUAAAAGAGGAACGUCGACCCAAAUUAAGCCAUAUGAUUUGUGAUAUAGAUGGUACUUUUGUGGAUUAUGAAGGACGCCUGCAUGAAGAAUCCGUAGAAUCUUUGAGAGAGGCAAUUGCAACAGGAGUAAAUGUUAUCAUGGUUACUAGAAAGAGUCGGGUUUCCACCAUCAGAACCUUCAAGCAUCUUGAUGUCCAUGAUAAAGGUGAUUUUGUAUCAGUGACAUCACCUGGUGUAUUUUUGCAGGGUUCACUUGUCUAUGGAAGGCAUGGCCAAGAAGUUUAUAGAGCGGAAUUGGAUGUGGAUAUCUGCAAGGAGGUGGUUACUUGCAAUCAUGCAUUUCUGUACUCCUUGAAGCAUAAAAUUCCUGUUGUUGCAUACUGCAAGGAACAAUGUUUGACCUUGUUUGAACAUCCAUUUGUUAACUUGUUGCACACUGUGCAUCAUGAGAACAAGGUAAAAGUGAUGCAUUCUGUUGAGGAACUGCUGGAAUAUUCAUCUAUUCAGAAGUUGCUACUCUUUGACAGUGCCGAAGAGGAUUCAUCUGUCCUGAGGCUGCAUUGUUCAGAACUGACUGAAGGGAAAGCGCGUGUUCUCAAAAUGCAGCCAAAUACAAUUGAUAUUGUGCCACUCAAUGCUUCGAAGGGUUGUGGUAUAAGAAUUCUACUUGAUCAUAUUGGAAUAACAGAAGAUUGUGAUCUUGACACAGUUGGAGACUAUACAAGAUGGCUGAGCAAUAUGUGAUUCAACUGAAAACAUUACUGGAUCUUUCUUAAGAAAAAAACAUGGCGAUUCAGAGCAUUAGAUGUUAAAGAAGCAAUCGUAUGCAUGUCAUGCACCAAAGAAACAUAAUUACCACUUUGGAUGUGUUUACUUUGAAGGCUGCAAAAAUCAUAUGUUCAUAGCACAUACUUUUUGGCUGGCAAUUCAUGUGCUUUUAUAUUAGGAGGGGCAGUGAAUGGCAACUUAAAUAUUUAAUUCAGAUCCUUUUGUUGAGAUGCAUGAAAAAGAGAAUGGAAUUAACCACAGCCAUGUGAGCAAAGUCAUAUUCAUCAGUUCAUGACAAUUUUGACUCUCCGUAGAAUUUUGUAUAUUUGUGUUUUCUGUUACCAUUGUUAAAUGUUACUCAGUUAAAUGUGUAAAUGGCUCCUCAUGUGGAUAUUUAUUUAUUAUGAAAAGAAUACUGAAGUGUAGAUUGAUGAGUAGGAAUUCAAUGGGGGCAUUAUGAUAAAGAUAGCUAUAUUUUCUGCCAUCAUAAAUCUUGUUGAUUAUGAUUUACCCUUUCUCAUUCUAUCCACAAAAAGGUUUGACGUUCACAUGGAUCAAGAAAUGAGGCAUAAAAGAAAAUAUCUUGAUCCUAAAAGGAUAUAUAGUUUGAGAUUUCUUGUGCAAAGCACACAAGAAGCAGAGCUGGUCAAUGGGAAGUGGAGACUUGGCACCCUAGUUCUUACUUAUUCCAGGUUUGUCUUAUUUACAGACCAAUAUGCAUUUGUGCAUCUCUCUUGUUCUGGUGUGUAGAUGGUUUGCCACCACUAUACGAGUGGCUUUUGUUGCUAGUUCUUGACAUUACUCUCGCAGCUGAACCAUUUGAGGGCCUCUUUGCUAUCACCUUGUUGCAUGGCCUUGGUAAGUUGUUUGACCGUUGCUUCAUGUCUAAUCCUGCUGAAUAACUUUUACAUGCCUUCAUCCUCUUACUGUAUGAAAUUUUCUUUGCAAGGUCUUGAACACAUGUAGCAUCAGAUAUUGAUGUGAAUGAUUGGGACUUCCCUUGGUAGUACUUGGACAGCCCUGUCCUAUGGAAAUUAAAUUAGGUGUAAGUGAAUCUGAAUGCUUGGCAAUUGAAAUGUAGUUUAUGAAGGUAAUAUUGAAAUUUUGAUCCUUUAUAAUCAUGACAUCCUGUUGUCCAAUUAUUCAAUUUUUCAGAAAAUGUACAAAUUGAAGUAAACUCAGUUGCAUCCUUAUAAUAGAUCGUGUGCAAAGGGGACCCUCUCCUACUUAGGACAUGAUUGUCACCUUUCGUAAAACUGCCUCAAGUGAUCUUGGGGCAAAUAUACUCACCUGACUGGAAGCUGGGCUAGCAGCAAGGACAAUUCGUACACUGGACCCUCGUCAUCCAGCUGCAACGUGCUCGAAGAUGCUGACGAUGGCUCAUAGGGAUGACCAUGUGGGCAUGAUGCUUCAUCAUCAGACAGAUUUGAAGCUGAUGAGCACAAGGACCCGCUGGAGGCACCUGAGAAGGAAGCAGAUGCAGAGGGAUCUCCACCUUGUUCAUUGGAGCUCUCAUCGCGACAUAAGAAUAACCCAUGAGAUGGUAAAUUGCAAGGCUCUGCCAUUUCAUAGGAAGCUCUGCUCAAAGUUUGGGACUUGGAAGGCAAAGGGACGCAGCAUAUGUUGAUAUAUAGAGACGUAGGAAGAGAGCUGUUCAAACUGGUAGAUAGAUAGGCAUCUAGUUUUAUCAGAUAGGCUUCAUCGACUCGGCGCCAGAGAGAAGGAAGAAAUUGACAUCAGUCACAGUUACUUUGGGUAGAUCAUUGGUAGCCUGAUGGGGGAGCAUGUGAAAACGACGUGCUCUGGCUGCUUCAGAUAAGCAUCUUAUCCAGGGCUAAGAAAAGAGGUUUAUCCCCGCGGAUUAGGAAGGAUAAGGUAGACUAUGGCUGCAAGAAGGUGCUUUCUGUUAGCCCGGUGUUAAUUAUGGUAACUAAGAGCGAGAUCAGUUUCUUUAUUGUGUUACCGCUGACUUGUACAGCCAGUCGGCUGGAUCUCAGUCAAGUCCUAAUCAGGGAUGGAGUAAAUUAGGGUCGCUUUGGAUCCAAAGUGAUAA